AGAAUGUGGAGGGAGGACGGACCUCGGAGCGGAGUUACAGCGAAUCUAAACAACUAAGUUAACAUGGCGGCCUGCUAGCUUCAGUCUACGUUGUUUUACGACGACCCCGCGGAGCCUUCCUCGCCCUGUUUAUGGGUGUUUCUGCGCGGUUUGAACUUCCCUCACAUUCUCCCCCGACGUGUUUCCACGAAGGGAGGCGGCGGCGGCGGAGCGCUCGGCAGCCAUCUUUGGACCUGCCUGGGAGUGGGACUCGACUACUCCGGCUCCCCAGAUACUUCAAGGGUGGGGAUCUUUUUUUUUUUUUUUUUUUUUAAAGCUGUGAUAAUUAACGACUCCAGUGCGCUGUAGCCGACUGACAGCGACCAAAACCCCGCAAAGGAUCCAGCGUGAGUCGGGGCGGGCAUGAAACGGGCGGAAGACUCUCAUAACCCCCGAACUGUCUUGAAUUAACGACAUUAUCCGAGGCGCUGAAACCUGGCCUGUCAAGGGAGGCUCUGAACACAUAUGAGACCACUGUCCUGCAGAUGAGACAUCGGUGGGGGCUCUCAAGUCGCUGUCGCGGACCCAGAUAGUUGCUGGCGGCAGCGGCAUCGCCCCCCAACUCCCCAUCAUGCCCAACAGCAGUCGGGCGGGGAGCCUGAAGGACCCCGACGUAGCUGAGCUCUUCUACAAGGAGGACCCAGAAAAGCUCUUCACAGAUCUGCGUGAGAUCGGACAUGGAAGCUUCGGUGCUGUAUAUUUUGCACGUGAUUCACGGACAAAUGAGGUGGUGGCCAUCAAGAAGAUGUCCUAUAGUGGAAAGCAGUCCACUGAGAAAUGGCAAGACAUAAUCAAGGAGGUGAAAUUCUUGCAGAGCAUACAACACCCAAACAGCAUAGAGUAUAAAGGAUGUUACCUGCGAGAGCACACAGCCUGGCUGGUUAUGGAGUAUUGUCUCGGCUCUGCCUCCGAUUUGUUGGAAGUUCACAAGAAACCUCUGCAAGAAGUUGAAAUAGCUGCAAUUACCCAUGGUGCUCUUCAAGGGUUGGCUUAUCUUCACUCCCAUAACUUGAUACACAGAGAUAUCAAAGCAGGAAACAUCUUGCUGACAGAGCCAGGGCAGGUUAAACUGGCAGAUUUUGGUUCUGCCUCCAUUGCCUGCCCUGCCAACUCCUUUGUGGGGACUCCAUAUUGGAUGGCCCCAGAAGUCAUUCUAGCUAUGGACGAGGGUCAAUAUGAUGGAAAGGUGGACAUUUGGUCUUUGGGAAUAACCUGCAUUGAAUUAGCUGAGAGAAAACCUCCACUUUUCAACAUGAAUGCAAUGAGUGCCUUAUACCAUAUAGCACAGAAUGAGAGCCCCAUGCUGCUGUCUAGUGAAUGGACGGAUUAUUUCCGAAACUUUGUAGACUCAUGCCUUCAGAAAUUUCCCCAGGAUAGGCCCAACUCCGAGGAGCUGUUAAAGCAUGCAUUUGUCCAGCGUGAACGACCAGAAUCGGUUUUAAUGGACCUGAUAAAUAGGACAAAGGAUGCCGUGCGGGAGCUGGACAAUCUGCAAUAUCGCAAAAUGAAGAAGCUCUUGUUCCAGGAAGCCCACAAUGGCCCCUCAACUGAGGCACAAGAUGAAGAGGAGGAGCCAGAACACAAUGUGGGUAGGACAGGUACAGUGAACAGCGUUGGGAGCAACCAAUCAAUCCCCAGUAUGUCAAUCAGUGCCAGUUCCCAAAGCAGCUCCGUCAACAGUCUAACAGAUGCAGGUGAUGACAAGAGUGAGGUUGACAUGGAGGGAGACCACACAGUCAUGUCCAACAGCUCUGUCAUACACCUCAAACCGGAUGAAGAGGCAUAUAAUCAAGAGUCUGAACCUAACACCCGGCCAACUGAGCAACAGUCGCCACCUGCACAAACUCCACGGCCAAAACGAAACCGCGAGCACUUUGCCACAAUACGUACAGCCUCAGUGCUCACUCGCCAGAUUAAAGAGCACGAGCAGGAUUCUGAGUUAAGGGAGCAGAUAUUGGGCUACAAGCGCAUGAGACGGCAGCACCAGAAGCAGCUGAUGGCUCUGGAAAACAAGCUGAAGGCUGAGAUGGAUGAGCACAGACUCCGACUGGACAAGGAGCUGGAGAAUCAGAGGAAUAGCUUUGCCCAGGAGAUGGAGAAACUUGUCAAGAAGCACCAGGCAUCGAUGGAGAAAGAUGCAAAAACCGUUAGCAAUGAUGAAAAGAAGUUCCAACAGCAUAUCCAGAGUCAGCAGAAGAAAGAGCUCAACAGCUUCCUCGAAUCCCAAAAACGGGAGUACAAACUUCGCAAGGAGCAACUUAAAGAGGAGCUGAAUGAAAACCAGUCAACACCCAAAAAAGAAAAACAGGAGUGGCUGUCCAAGCAGAAAGAAAACUUCCAACACUUCCAAGCAGAGGAGGAGGCCAAUCUACAACGCAGACAGAGGCAGUACCUGGAACUGGAGUGCCGCAGGUUCAAACGGAGGAUCUUGAUUGCUCGCCACAAUGUUGAACAGGACUUAGUACGAGAGGAACUAAACAAGCGUCAGACCCAGAAGGACUUGGAGCAUGCCAUGCUUCUCCGCCACCACGAGUCCAUGCAAGAACUGGAGUUCCGCCAGCUCAACAACAUCCAGAAGACGAGGGCUGAGCUGAUCCGCCUGCAGCACCAGACCGAACUCCACAAUCAGCAGGAGUACAACAAGAGAAGGGAGAGGGAACUUCGACGCAAACAUGUCAUGGAGGUUCGCCAGCAACCCAAGAGCCUCAAGUCGAAAGAGCUACAGAUAAAGAAGCAGUUCCAGGACACAUGUAAGAUCCAGACCAGACAGUACAAAGCACUAAGGAACCAUCUGUUGGAGAACACGCCAAAGUCCGAGCACAAGGCCGUCCUUAAACGGCUAAAGCAGGAGCAGCACCGCAAACUCGCCAUCUUGGCUGAGCAGUAUGACCACUCCAUCAAUGAGAUGCUCUCAACUCAGGCGCUCCGUCUGGAUGAGACUCAGGAGGCUCAGUGCCAAGCCCUUCGAAUGCAGCUACAGCAGGAGCUGGAGCUUCUCAACGCCUACCAGAGCAAAAUCAAGAUGCAGACAGAUGCCCAGCAUGAACGUGAGAGGAAGGACCUGGAGCAGAGAGUGUCAAUCAGGAGGGCCCUGCUCGAACAGAAGAUUGAGGAGGAGAUGCUGUCCUUGCAGAAUGAACGCUUGGAGCGAAUCCGGAGCUUGCUGGAACGUCAAGCCCGAGAAAUUGAGGCUUUUGACUCAGAGAGUAUGCGCCUGGGCUUCAGCAACAUGGUGCUAUCAAACAUCUCCCCUGAGGCCCUCAACAACAGCUUUCCUGGGGCUUCAGGCAGCUGGAGUCAUCAUCAUCAGUACCACCAAUCUGGGAGCUCUCAAGGGCCACACUGGGGCAGUGGCAGUUCAGGCGCAGGGUCAAGCCACCAAGGCAGCCUUCACUCUUAUCACUCCAGUCCAGGAGGGGCAUCUAUGCAGCAGGGCUGGGGGCAGGGAGGUGGGAGUCCAUCACCGUGGGGCCACCCGUCAGCAGGAUCCCUGGUGUCCCGCAGCAGUGCAGGUGCACAGAACAGCCCCCAAGCAAUGGGGAGGACACCCUCAGGGGGGCGCAGUGAGCAGGCAAUGAGCAGGAGUACCAGUGUCACGUCUCAAAUAUCUAACGGGUCACACCUCUCCUACACAUAGAUCCCCCGUCAGCUAUGGAGUCAGCAUUGUGUGUGGAGACGGUAGAAUCCAACAAACGCAGCAGGGUAUUGGCUGAGCUCCGCUGCUCUGUCUCUCUCUGUGACACCCCUCCAUUUCUCCCAUGUACAGAUGUGGAUGUGUGAUUAAAUAAAUGUUGCUCAGGUCAAAAGGGCUGGAAAAGGCACAGCCCGUCCACAAGGCAGUUUAUCAGCACACAUACAGAUCCUUAAAUUCUAUGUUAUAUAAGCAGUUUGAGUGUCAACACAUAAUACUCCCUUUUUGUUUUUAUUUACAGCUCCCUCCUAUGGAAUUUAUGGAAUAUGUGUUGUGCUAUUAACAGCCAUUGCUCUCAUUUUGCACAUGAAACACUGUUAAAAAGUCUUUGACAUGUGUUAACUAUGUCUUUAGAAAUGUGGUAUAUCAAACAAUCAGUUUUGUUUAGUACCUCCCUCCUCGAAUUACCCAAUUCAUUUUAAUUUAUACACUGGCUGAUCCUCUGAUGCUGGUGAGAACUGCAGCAAACAUCGGUCUGUGUUUUUUGGUAUUGCUUUUGAAACACGAGCCUGCUGUAAUGGUCAUUGUGAGAAGUCAGACUCAGUUUUAUAUCUUAGUUUUUUAAUUCACCUGAUCUCCUGAUCAUAGGCCAAAAUGAGACUUAAGUCAUUUGAAGCCACAACAACUAAUCUUAACUCUAAACUAGGCUUAUGCUACACUAUUACAGUGCCUUUUUAAACCUUUGAUUUAAAUUAGUCCCAGUUGUUUAUAGUUUAAUACUUUCAUCAAUCUGUUUUAACACAAGUUAUUUUAAGUCCAGAGGUCCCAGAUAGAUUUGCCAGGUUAUUGUGUUCACUGUGGAUGCAGUGGAGUUGGUUUAAGCCUUAAUCAUUUGAGAAAAUUAUCCGUGCAUAUCAGUAACUGUAAUGUAGGUGUAACUUGUACACCCCUGCAUUACAGAGAAUGUGGUUGUACAUGUUGAGUUAUUGUGUGGUUGGGGUGGGGGAGACAAAUUUGGCUUCACAACAAUGCUAAUAUUGACCUGUCGAUUUUUUUUUUUUAGUGCCUUUUUAAAACUGCUGCCUUUUUCAAAGCACUUUAUACAGCUAAAUAUAUGUAAAGUUACCGUAGACUCUUCGCCAAACACCUGGUGGGUGUGUGUUUUGUUGGUACGUAAGCUGUUAAGUUAAGGAGUCAAGCUGACCUGUGCUGUGAGUUUUUUUUAGGGGCAAUUUUCCAUAUAUGGACAAAAGCCCAGUGUAUGAUACAGUGCAGUAUGAGUGACAAUUUUUUUUCUAGUUCUGCGGCUUUUACUGUGUUCUGAAUGUGUUUGAGUGUAAGCUGUUGUUGGUUAUCUCCUCUGCAAAUAGAAAAUGGGAGGAAGCUUCUAAGAAAUGUUUUAGUUCCAGUUUCCAUUAAACAAACUGAGCUGAGUUAAUUGAAGAGUUCAUUAUGUGCAGGCAGGAAGCAUAAGGAAUUGUCAUGACCAUGACAGCAGGCUCGCAACUACAAAGAAACUACAACACUGUUAAAAACAAUGUUGGGGCUUAUUUAAGUAACACAAAAAAUGUUAUUGAUGCCACACCAUCUCAGCAGAGCCCAGGAACAAGGGUGAUUGAAUAAUGCACUCACACGCAUGAUAUGUUAUUGUAGUGUAUUCGUGUAGAAGUAAAAUCGGGGUCAACACGCACGCUGGAAAAACGGCCAUGUACCAAAUAAAUGUGGCAAAAGCACUUGGGUAUUCCUUUGAUAGCUGUAACUGUUCCUAUUUGAAUAAACUCCUUCUCUCUGGUUGAUGACAUAUCACUGGCUCAGUCAGGUGCCCCGCUAACCUUUUAACAGUCUCCCCGUUCAAGUGAGGUUUUUCCAUUUCCAUACAGAAAAGGUCUCUAAGGAUUCUGAUUUAUGGAUAUUAAGGAUAUAUGCUCCCCCCCCCACCCCGAAUCAAAAAGCUGGAAGUAAAUGUAUAAGUGUAUAUUUUAUCAAAGAAAACAUUUAAAGACUAAACUCACAUUUUAAGAAAAUAAUUUGUAAAACUAACUAUUUAACUGACAGAACAUGGUGAUAUUAGCAAACCUUUCACUCUCAAAGUUCAAAUGGUGUUGAAUUGUCUGGAUAUAUAUACAUUGGAAGAUAUUCUAGGUCUUGUGUACAGAAUCUAAAUGCCUCAUAUGCAUGUGUUUGCUGUCAUCUCCUCUAAAUGCCACAAACGGCCGUUCUAUAACCCCCCCCCCCCACACACACACACACACACACUCUGCAAACAUUUGACCAAUUUGUCCCCAUUCCACUCGGAUUCAGAGCCAUUAUUUCCGAGGCUGGCUCUUUCUCAAUGUCACACUGUGAUAUAGUCCUAUCACAUGUAAGGACACACAAAGGUUUGGGUCUCUUUGUUAAAUCGGUGGGAUUUCAGUUUUACCGUGUGUAUAUAUCCUACCUAGAAAAUAUGCAUUAUAUCAUCUUGUAUAUGGUUUGGUCCCAAAAUCCAUAAUUUGUAUUCUUGAAAGCCAAGUGACUUGUUCCGGCUACCGCAACACAGCAGGUUUAAUUCAUAAUUUAUUUUCUGAUUUAUUGAUAUUCUAUAAAAGGGGAUAUGCUUAUCAUUAUUGGUAUCUUACAUCAAGUCAAAAGCCAAGGCUAAGACGUUCAAUGUCGGGCCCAACAAACCUCCCACACAUGCCAACCUUAAGUUUUUAUGCACAGGUUUUGUUCACUUUUGUCAGUGUUGUGUGUGUGAGGGAGUCUGGAUAUUGUUGUCAAUUAUCGUCAGUAAUAAGACCCUCCCCACCAACCUGGAUUUUAUUUGUUGUUUAAACUUUUUUUUAUUUUAGUUACACUUUGAUGUCAAAUUUAGUCCUACUGACUGUAAGCAUAUGGGAUACUGAAUGAGAAUCAGCAACUGAACAUGGCGAUCCUUUCUAUGGUCAAACACUGUGCCAUACCCGAGUUGCCAAGCCCAGAUACCACUGCAUUGUCUCAUCUCCAUGGUCGCACCAAGCAUUGGGCGGAAGGCAUGAAACGUAUGAAACAUGGCAAAAAGCAAGUUGCUUCACGUCUCGUGCCCAAAGUAAAAAAAAAAGGCUUGAACAGAUGAUUAGGUGACAGGCGAAUAAUGAAAAGAGAUUGCAUUUCUUGGAAGGUGUCAGUAUUCCUCUUUGGCACAUUACCACUACAACUCAUAACCUGUAUUAAAAUGUAUAGAUGGUGGAACUUGUUGAAUGUCUGAGAGAUUAUGAAGAUGUUACAUAAGAGAUGGUAAAGUACUAAAAGUGGAUUUAAACUGUGUAAAAAGAUUCACAAAGCAGAAUAAGAAUAGAAUCAAAUUUACUAUUAUGUUUGUAUAUUUACUAUUGUGUUGGCAGAGGGAUAUUGAACAGAAAUCAGCUGUAAUAAAGUAAUUUUAGUAUAAAUUA